ACAUUAGUUUAACGAGAUUCCCGAGGUGAACCGGUGGACCCCACCUGAACUCCUUAAACAACACACGCUCCUCAGGAUCAGCUAGCACACCAUCUUUGUUUCUUGAACUCAGAGAAAAUGGAGAAGAUCGAGCACACAUUCAUCGAAGCAAACGGGCUAAAACACCAUGUAGCUCAAGUCGGAUCAUCAUCCGGGUCACCCACUACACUGCUCUUUCUGCAUGGCUUUCCAGAGUUAUGGUACACUUGGCGUUUCCAAAUGAUCGCUGCUGCAAAUGCUGGCUACAGAGCUAUUGCACCCGAUUUUCGCGGGUACGGGUCGUCUGACCCGCCAGCCCAACCCGAGAAAGCCACCUUUGAUGACUUCGUUUCUGAUAUGGCUGCUAUUCUUGAUGCUCUUCACAUUUCUAAGGUCUUUGUUAUUGGUCAAGAUUUUGGAGCCAUAGUUGCUUACGAGUUUGCCCUUCGCUAUGAAGAAAGGAUCCAUGGGAUAAUAACACUGGGCGUGCCGUUUAUGGCACCAGGUUCCCUUGACUUCAAGAAUACCCUGCCUGAAGGCUUCUAUAUUACAAGAUGGCAGGAACCUGGUAGAGCUGAAGCUGACUUCGGCAGGCUUGACGCUAAAACUGUGUUACGAAACAUCUACAUCCUAUUUUCCAGCAGCGAAAUUCCAAUAGCUGCGGAGAACCAGGAGAUCAUGGACUUAGUGGAGCCAUCUAAUCCUCUACCCUCUUGGUGCACAGAGGAAGAUCUCGCAGUCUAUGGGGGAGCAUAUGACAAAUCUGGAUUCCAAACUGCACUGCAAGUUCCUUACAGAGAUUUUCUUUCUAAGAAAUACACACAGAAGCCCAGUACAGAUCCAAGAGUUGAUGCCCCUGCCCUAUUUGUAGUUGGCGAGAAGGACUAUGUAUUCAAAUUUCCCAAUAUGGAGAACUACAUAAGGAGCGGAGCCUUUAAAAUGUAUGUCCCAAACUUGGAAAUUGAGUACAUACCUGAAGGAUCCCAUUUUAUCUCAGAGCAAUUUCCUGACAAGGUGAAUGAGCUAAUCCUGUCAUUCAUCAGUAAAAGCAUUCAGAAAUGAUACUUGAAGACAUUGACGCAGAAACCAAGUCUAAAAAUGUGUCGAGGUUGUGUCGAAAUAAUUAAAAUACUGUUUGAUGCCGUGUAAGCUAAUAACUUAUAGUUACAGUUCUCCUCUGCUGCUGUUAUUGUUACAUUUCUGUAUCAUAUAUAAGACAUUGCUAAGCAUGUUACACACAUCUCUUUGCAAGAGUUAUGUGCAACUUCGUGUAGUAGUAUUGUGUUGUGAUUGUUUUGUAGCGAAGGAAGCCUCCAUUCCGGAUAAUGGUUCUAUCUAAACUAUUGUUUCUUUCAUCCGAUUAGGAUGGAGUAAAGUGCAUUUUGUGUA